UUCCGUUGCUGCUCUGCGAAACCGAACACCCAAACCCUACAUUAAACUAUCUGCAUUCAGAUCUGGUUACAGUCGUAGUAGACGUGUACUUUGCCUCUAAACUUCGAUGUUUUCUUCGUGUUCUUGUCUGCAAAAUUUCAUUUUUUUUACAAGAAAAUAUUGUUCUCAGUUCUUUUACGGUGUCCGUCUCUGGAUUGAUUAAAAAUGGCUGCUCUGGCUUGUUUGUUUUAGCAGCUUGAUUAGUUUGCUGCCAAAGAAAAGAAACCUGAAUAAUUUGAUUAGUUUGAUUGUAAUAGUUUGAUACUGUUACCUUGUAAUCUAAUUGACUUAGAAUCUUCCCUAUGUAUUGUGAAGUGCGUAAUUUAGUUGGUAUCCUUAUUUUUCGUUGAAGCGUGAUAAUUUGCUCGGCAUAAUCUCCAUUGAAAAGUGAAUAGAAUCUUCUUUGAGUAUUACCAACAUUCUAACAGCAAUUCAUGCCUUGUGAAGUUUCUAAUUUGAUUGGUGUCUUUAUUUUUUCUCGAAGCAUAAUAAUUUGCUUGGCAUAACUUCCAUUGAAGACUGAAUAACAUGUGAAAUAAAUUGUCUCGUUUGUAUUUAGAUCUACUAGCUCCAUGCCUGUUGUUACAGGAGAGGCAAAAUUUGGGAAUACUAUUGAUGACUGGUUGGAACACUUGCAAAAUAGCCAAUCCAAGAUACGAUCCAUUAGCACUGUACUCGUGGAAGAUAUGUGCAUGCAUUGUUAAGAGAAUACGGACACCACCGAUACUUUGUAGAUGCAUAAAUUUUCCUAGACUGGUUACAUGUAUUAAACUGAAAAAUGAACCGGUGUAUCCAUACAACUAGGGCACAAAAUGUCCGAAGAAAGAGAUCCAUGGCUCUCAAACUUGAGGAAUUGUGGUUAGCAAAGUUAUUUUAGCUCAUAAGUAUGUCCUUCUCUUGUUUUUCAUUGGUAUAAUCCUAAUAUAAUCUGGAAGUAAGAAAUGACUAGAGUACAAGGGCAACAUGAAAACACAAAUUCAUUAGUGUUAGCCACCUUAGCUGUUUAUGUAAAACAAAUUACAAAAGACAAGUAAUGUUUCCAGCGCUAAUAUGGUCUGGUAAAUUAUGAUUCUUUUACCAAUAAGGCCAUGCAUGAAUAAAACAUGCCGAAUCGUUAGAAGAUAAUCUGUGGUAUGAACGUUCUCUUGAAAAACUUUAAGCUGCUUAAUCGGUUAUAAUUGCUAUUAAACGGAUCACAUGAAUCUGAGGUGUGAACCUUUUCUUGAAAAACUUUAUGCUGCCUAAUCAGUAAGAAUUGCGAUGAAAUGGAUCACAUGAAUCUGAGGUAUAAACCUUUUCUCGAAAAUCAGUUAGGAGAGUAAAGCAAGCCAAACUGCUUUUUAGGUAGGAGUAAUCUGAUGUAUGAAAUUUUACUUGGAAAAAAAUAAAAGCUGUCUAAUCAGCUUAUUUGUUCUGAAAUAAAGAACAGAAGCUAGAGGCAUUGGACAGAAUUACCAUACAUCCUGACACCACUGGUUCCAACUAGCAGCGACCAUGGUCCACAGGAAUGAAUUUUGCAUCUCCCCACAGGCUGCUGGUCAGUUUGCUCCUUGCACAAUGUGCCCUGUUGCGGACCAUCACAUGAUUUUCCCACUGGUGUAUCUACUCUCUUUCACCGACCUAGGUCACCAAAAAAAUCAAGAAUCUUGGAGAGGAGUCUGUAAAGGCAUGGGAGGAAGCAGAGUUCGAUGGCUUGGAGUCAUGGCAAUCUUCGUGCUGCAGUUUUAUGAUGCCAUUGAUUUGGAUGGUGGAAUUUGAAUAUACUAUCGGUCUCUACUGCAACUCAUCAAAUUGGGGUCUAUGCCUUCAGUUAUCUUCUUGAGUGGUCUGAAGGAUGAGAAAGGGACUGCAUCCUCAGAUGCAAUGGAUCUCAUAUGUGACGCAGAGUGGUAGGCUGAUCAAUACCAUGAUGACCAAGGUGAACCAUACCGGCAAAGUGUACCACAUGAGGGCCAAGCGACAAAUGGCUCAAAGCCUCGGCCAGAUCGCAAAGUUCAAACGUCGAUACGAGCAGGAAGCAGUGGAAAGCAAGGACAAGUAGUUGGGACGGAGCUAUGGCCUCUGUAACCUAAGUCGGUUCUGUUGACUGCACAGUUUUCAGCUAAGGACAUGAUUUUAUUUUAGAUCACAUCAUCUUUUGUUCCACUUCAGAAUUGGGUUUGUACCCCGUCGUUAGCAAACUAUGGCACUUGUUCCAUCGUAAAGCCCCAAGAAAAUAGUCUAUUGAUUGCUUUUUUUUUUCUCUGUC